AUGGGCGGCCAGUGACGUGAUCUUCGAAUGGGUCCACGGUCCAUGGGGUCGCCAGAGAGGAUGCCGUUCCCGGUGAACCACAGGACCCUGCUGUCCAGUCUCAUCGCGCUCCUCGCGUUCGCGUUCCAUUCAGGUAUCAUGGCUCUUCGUAUGACAGCCCUACAGAUACCGCAGCACGUCGUUCUGAACGAGACUGUCCGUAUGCAGUGCAACUUCAACCUGGACAAAGAGCUAUUGUACUCAGUGAAAUGGUACAAAGAUGGCCACGAGUUUUAUCGUUACGUGCCCAGGGACGUGCCCAUGGUUCAAACCUUCCGUGUACCCGGCGUGAACGUGAACAUACACAAUUCCACGGAGAUAUCGGUGGUACUGAACAACGUGAAUCUUACUAGCUCGGGGAGGUAUCGAUGCGAGGUCUCUGCCGAAGCGCCUGCCUUCCAAACCGUAUCCGAUCACGCAGACAUGACGGUAGUAGUUCUUCCUGACGAAGGGCCACGAAUAACCGGUGGUCGAUCCCGCUACCAAGUAGGGGAUGUCGUUCGCAUGAACUGCACAUCCGCACCCUCGAAACCGGCCGCCCUGUUAACUUGGUUCAUCAACGGCGAUGCGGCCGAUACCCAGUACCUGAAGGGACCGCACAUUACCGCCGUGGACGAGAAGGGCUUGGAGACCGCGGUAUUGGGCUUGGAGUUUCGCGUGGCCAACAAACACUUCAAGCGAGGCGACAUGAAGCUCAAGUGCUUGGCCACAAUAGCGACCGUCUAUCUGCAGAGCAAGGAGGAGAGCGUGGAAGGAGAUGAGAGGAUCCUGAAAGCCCCGGUGAUGGAGAGCCGCGAGACCAGGGCGCAGAGCCACACUCGCAACGACUUAAUCAAUGGAAGUCAGACAACCAGAAUAUUCAACCAGAUGAUCAUUUUUCUGGUCACGGGGAUCAUCCUAGCUCGAUAAUAACAAUUGUUUUUCACAUUGCUUCCUAAAAGUGUAAAACGAAUACGUUAGGAGAUUGUUCCAAUCGUAUCUAAUAGUAAUUUUUAAGCCGCGUAAUCGUAAUUAAAUAUCAUAUCGAUAAAUAUGAUAAGGGUGGCGUUCAACUGGACGUCUUCGUCGUACAAGCAGUGACAGAUCUAUCUCUUUAUUUCCAAUCACUUUUCAAUUAAAUAGAACUAAAUUAAAAUUUCUGAUUAAAGGUAUUCUGUUGUUAUAAUUCUUACAACAUUUCUUAUGUCUACAAUUU